GUUUUUCGCGCCUUACCCCGGCGCGAGCGGGACGAUUAGUUGGUCGUGUGACCUAGUCACGACGAGAUUAUCUCAGGCGAAGUUAGGCGGGAAAUCUGCUUUUCUCUCUCUCGCUCCCACGACCCGGUUUCUAUCCUAGAGGCUGAGACCGGGCAGCCGAACGAAACGUAGCCUGGCUGGACUGGGCUUCUUAAGGAGGGUCCCUCUAGGCUGUGGCAUCUCUGUAGUGAAAGUUCUCUCUACUGAGUGGGAAAUCUGUCCAGUGAAAAGCUGCAAGGACCGAUAAGGAUUAUGACGGAAUGGAAGAAAUCCAAUGAUACUCUAAAUGAAGACUACUGGAAAGAAUAUUUAGAUGGUGAACUUGCUGAAGAUGCAGCUGAAGCAGGCCUAUUCCAGUCGGAGCAGGAUUUUGGGGAAGAGGUGGGGGCGCUCAAUUAUUUAAAAGAUAUUGCUACGGAGGAUUUGAGGAUUCUGAAAAUGCACGAAGCAGAGGCCAAGAAAGACCUCAGAAUUAAUGCUGAGUAUAGGGAGGCCAUCAAAAAACACAUUGAAAGGGGUCUAGGAGACAUUUUUGGCAAGCCUGGAUUAUUCGAAAUUAUGGAUGAAAUGAAAACCGUGUUGCGUUAUCCCCAUCCUCCUAUUGAGUCUUGGGGCAUAAAAACAUGUUGGGACAAAAAGCCACCCUCUUUUGCACAACCUGCUGCUUAUUCUUUGGAAACCCUUCCCAUAGCAUCUGUUGCUGAUCCUACGGAGGUGCCUCAACCAAAUCCAUCUGCAGAAGCCAGAACUGCUGCUGAUCGGUGGGUUGCUGCUGAACAGUUGGAGCUGCACCCAGGUCCAUCUGCAGAGGCAGCACUCAGUGUUGAUCCUGCUAUGGGGUCCCAGUCAGACAUCUCUGCAGAAUCUCAUGCUAAUGAAGAUAUACAUGUAUACCUAGACCUUGUCCGGAGGUGGGAGAAGGUCUUUGUUGUGCAAAAGGGUGUUGAGAUUGAUCAGGAAUUUCGUUUUGUGAAUUUAGAUAGAGCACCCUCCUAUCCUGAAGCGAUUGCUGGGAUGAAUUCUGCCAUUCAGGAAUUGUUGGACACUCUGAACAAUAGAAUAGGGCUGGAUGACUAUGUCCAGGUCAGAUUAGAGGGGGGUGGUAUAUCUAAACCAUUGCAUCCUGUUAGAAGGCACAGAAAUGCUUUGAGUGCUGAGGAAUUUGUAGCAGCCGUUUGUAACUUGUUCCAGAGUUCUGCAGAAAUCCGUGGAGGUGCUACUUUAAAAUUAGUUGCUAUCAUUAUUAACCUUCCAGGGGGUUGUGCGUGAAGACCGUUUAACAACUUCAGGCACUACCACCGUCUUUCUAGCUUGUUCUACUACAGACAAUAAAUGUGUUAUGAACCAGGCUAGUCUCCAAUGAACCUGCCUCAAUUUCUUAAGUGGAAGGCACAAGCCUGGCCUGCUUUAAGUGACAGAAUUGGAUACUACUAUGAACUGAUACCUCUUGCUAUAACUGUGCCUUUUGAUAUUGCUAUAACUUGUCUAUUUUUGUUUUACCUGGACCUCAAGCUUUAAGCAAAGUUGCUCAAACCAAAAACUAUGGGAGAAGAAGAAUGCUUUUUAAUAAAAACUGAUUAUUAACUGUGUUGAGAUAAAUGUACCAUUGACCUUGUUUACUUGCAGACUAUGACAUUCCUUUGUCUCUGUAUUGCUCAUAGUAGUUUACACAGAAUGCCAAGUGUUCCCUGUUAACAGUUUCCCCAUGUAUUGGGGCCCAUAGAUUAGAAGAAGCAAUUUACACUUGUAUUUGCUACCAUUGGGCCUUUUGACAGCUCAAUGUUUGCAUCAGAAUAGAGUAGUUGUCCCCCUAUCCUUUUCCCUCCCUUCUUCCCCGAUCUCUUUAUUGCUUAUCCAUGACACUGUCCAUCAGAACAUCCUGCAACAACAGUAGCGUGUCAAGGGAUAAGAAUUGUGAUGCAUAGACACUUUGGUACCAGUGGGCAGAUGGAGUGACAACUUAGAAAUGGGCACUACAGGAGGGCACGGAUGACACCCUGAGAAAUGUGAGAAGGCCCUGCCCCUUAGUAACAUCAAAGCAAGCCAAGGGUAUAACCAUUUGAACCCAAGACGACUUGGACAGAGGACCAGAUCCUAACUUUCAUCGGUUCUCUCCAAUGUGUGUUGCUCCACUCUUUAGCUUCUUUGCACCCCCAAUGCAUCACACCGUAGCCUCUGAUUGGUAAGAACCAGGAAUGACCUAAGGCCUGUCUCCUGCAUCAAACUGGACAGAAUCCCCUUCUCCCCUUCUUAUUCACUGCCCCCACAUACCUUUCUCCUCUUCCUCCAUCCAUUAGGAUUGUUUUAUGAUAGGGUAGAUAGCUUGAACACAGCUGCCAAGUCUAUUCUUCUAUACGACUUUCACACCUUUUUAGUAAAAUCCACAAAAGAUACACUUGAAUUGGUCUUUGGUCCACAGGGAAACCCUGCCAGGCUAUGAAUUGGCUUGUAUAGGAGAUUGCUGCUCUUUGGAAACAGGAGAAUGUGGGCCAGGUAGAUAAGCAUUCUUACUGGGAGAUGGGUUUGUGCCCCAACUGGAGUGAGACAUGAGGUUGAUUGCAUAGUCUCACAUAAUUUCCCUGGGUGGAGCAAAGGCUCUGGUAUAGAGGCUACCAAUUGAUCACCUGCCCUAAGCCAAAGUAGUCUGUGCAUUGAUUGUGUGGUUCCCCUAUGGAGCAGAAGCUUUGGGAUUGUAAGCCAGUCUUGGUGGCUUCCCUAGCUCUCUUAGGUGGAGUAGAAGUUUUGGGAAUGGAAAUCACUGGUCAAUCCUUCAGGCAGGCAAAGCCCUCCAGGUGCCCCGCCCAGUACUGGCAAGGGUCCUGAGGCAGGGAAUAAGUCCAAACAGCAGGGAGUGAGGGAUAGCACCAGCAACUAGGGGUGUGCACAGAACUGGGAAGCCUGGUUCAGUUUGAAUGGAGUUGGACUUGAGCUGGGCCCAGUUUGGUUCCGUGCGUGUUGAGCUGGGCCCCAGUUUGACUCAAGGCUGAACUGGUUUGGGCCUGGCUUGCAGGGGAGGGUUUUUUUUUUAAUUUUUUUUAAAAAGAAAACAAUGCCUGGUCCAGCAGCCUCCGGGGUGUGUGGCCACUGGGUGGUGGUGGUGGUGGUGGUCUCCAACAGUUCCUGCUCCCCCUGGUCUUUUUAGGGCCAGUUCGGCCUGUUUAUGGGUUUUUUCCAGCUCUCUCCCUGCUUGUGGUGGCCAUUUUGAAGGCUAUAGCGUGUGCACACUGGGUAUUUGCGUGCCUGGGUAACAACUGCAAAGCAAUUGGGCACUAAAAAAAUGUCCUGAAUGUCCGAUUGCGGGCUGGGUGGUAGUUAGCACCCAUGGCGCCCUACCCCCCCCCCCCCCAAUCCUCUCUAGCACCUAGGAGCUACCCAUGGGAAAUAACAGGGUGUUGUAGAUUGCCAUUAUUCCUGCAGCAGAAAAAACAAACACUUGGAGAAAUGAAAAAUUUCCUUUAAAACCACCCAUUUGCCAAAUAGCUUUGCUGUUUGGGUGGUAGUCAUCAUUCAUGUGGCCUUGCUGCCCAACCUACUUUGGUGCCCUUUAGCAGCCACCAAUGGGUGACAAUGAGGUGUUUUGCAUCCCCACUGUUCACUAUGGGUGAAGCAAGCUGCUAUAGCCACUCACUAUCGGCCCACCCCAAGCAGAAGAGUGACAAUAGUAUUAAAUCCACAGCACAGAUAGAACUGUUACAAUACUGACCCUCCCACCCAAGCAGAAGAGUGACAACAGCACACACUGCAACAAAAUCCACAACACCAUCAAGAAGUGCCUGCCUGUUGUAAACAUUAAGUUUGAAUAAAAUUGAGGCUUGACCACUUUA